GACAUCUUCAAGUGCAUAACGACUCUUGCAACGGCGACGAUCAACGACACCCGUCAGUGGCACAAGCUACAAAGGUGAGGAAAGGUGGAAGACGUCAGCGCUGGCAAAUGUGGUGAGUCCGUGGUCGUGGCCUCGAGUUGCUCGCAUCUUCCCUCCCUCCACCUAUACCGAGGUGGAAGUGGGGGUGAGAGAGUGCCUUGGUCGACAGACACGUGGUCGACAGACGUGCUAAAUUACGAUAGGAUAUCUCACGCGCAAGGCAGGCAAGUGGCACGUCAUCUCUUGCUAAGCAGCUUUCCAAUCGCUAAGUGAAGAUGCCGAAGGUGAAGAUCUACGUUGACAUGCUGUCACAGCCCAGCCGAGCAGUAUUGCUAUUCUGCAGGCUGAACAAAAUUGAUAUUGAGGUGAACAUGAUACAUCUCGACCACGGGGACCAUUAUCAACAGGAGAACUUACUGAUGAACCCUCUCGCACAGGUUCCUUGGAUGGAUGAUGAUGGAUUCAUCUUGGCUGAGAGCCAUUCUAUUAUGCGAUACUUAGCCGCAACAAAGAAGGGAGUGCCAGACCAUUGGUACCCGUCGAAUCAACAACGACGUGCUCGGGUGAAUUCAGCAUUGGAUUGGGAGCUAUCGACAUUACGGAGGGGAUGCACUGAACUUGUGCUAAGCAAGGUCCUGGGGCCAAUCUAUGGGAUCUCUGUUCCUGACAAGACGGAGAAGUAUAGCCGGGAGAUUCUGAAGAAAUCACUGGGUCUUCUGGAAGACUAUUGGUUGAAUGGCCCAGGACGGUUCAUUGCCGGUGAAUGCGCGCCCACAAUCGCCGACUUGAGCCUCGUCUGCGAACUGAAACAGCUGGAUCUGAUGGAUGUCGAGGAGCGCAGUGAAAUUGUGGACAAGUACAAGCGCGUUCAGAAAUGGAUGGCAGAGGUAGAGCAGGAGCUAGGCCCUCAUUUCGAAGACGUUCACAAGGUACAUUACGUUGUUGCAGCACGCGCUCAGGCAGGACGUGAGGAGAUGCCGGAAUCAGAGCGCCAUGCUCGACAGAGCAUUCUUGAAUGCUUAACUCCAGCAUGACCAGAAAAGCAGCAGAGUGGCCAAUCCAGCGCGCAUUCCGUACUAUCCGUGCCAAGAGAGUGCGACGGUCUCAGGUAGUUUGUGCUCGCUGCACAGUCAUCCCACUGACUAAUCAAGGGAAACUUCCUGGACAGAAAGCGCAACAUUCCCCCGCAAGUGGUGCAAUUUUUUUUUGCUAGUCAUGUUAAGAUUCUAAAGAUUUGAUGUAAUGACAUGACCCUGUGUUCCCGACCCUUUCAUCGAACCAUUUUCCUCGAUCCGGAAACGAGGAUCAGGACAGGAAAGAUACCUCCCGCUACCUGUGGUGGAUCCACCUCCGUCACGGUGUGUUGUAUUGUCUUUCUUGUCCAGUUCCAAGUUCUUUGGUGCAUUGACUCACCUCUCCUGCAAGGCAGUGGAAGGGACCAGAGAGCACAGAGGCAUCCUUGCCACCAGAUUGAACUUACUCAAGAGUCCCGCUGCAACGACUCAUGGUAGUCAUGAACAGCGGAGGGGGUCACUGGGAUUAGUCCUCCCUUUGUUGAGCCCCAGCUGUUUUUUUUUUUUUUUUUUUUUUCUGUUUUGUGAGUCAGAUAUCCUUUAUUGUUGACAAAUGAAGAGGGCCAAGAAAU